GUUGAGAUUAAAUAACACGGAAAUAUGAAAACUCAGAAACUGUGACUCAUUCCUCUUUGACUCCGAUUCCGCAUUGCAUUUUCCUUGUGUUACACUCUCCCUUCCUCUUUUCUUUAAUCAUUCGUCUUUUCAAAACCUUAAACCAUACUACCACAUAUAUAUUAAAAAAACAAACUACUAUAACCUAUUGAACCCCCCAAAUCAACUACUAUUCCUUAAUUUCUUAAAUCCAUGGUUUCUUCCUCCGACCAAACACACUAUUGAGCUAAUUAAGACGGAACCAUGUCGCCGAUGAAGUUCUGGGUUACGCAGCCCAACAAACAACACGCCGUGAAGCUGACCCAAUUGAAGCUCGAAUUAGGCCUCUUCGGAGCCAGGCUCGGCGCCGCAAACGACAAGGUCGCAUUUGAAAUAACAGGGAUUGCAACCAAGAAAGAAAAAUCAAAGCCAAAAACGACACCUCUCCCACUCGUUCCCUUCUCAAAACGACGACACACUCACUGUCACACCACAUGCUCCCGUAGAUUCCUCAGUUCCAAAUCACCCUCUCUCGUAUGGGACGCACGCGACCUCUGCGGUUUUCAUCUCCUCCUCAAAGACCACUCCCUCGAUGUUUGCGACAUCGCAUUUCAUGUCUUAUAUGGAGAGGGAGAAUCGAAAGCGAAAAUGACGGCGGUCGGAAAAGUCGAAAUGAGCGUUGCGGUUGCGGAGUUGAUUGUGAGAGAGGAGAAGAAGACGCAGUCCAAUUCUCAUCAUCAAUUUCAAAGAAGGCUUCCAAUCAAGUUGAGGGUCAAUGGUUUAUGCAUAGAAGCUACCCUUUUGGUCUCUCUGAGAUUAUUGAAGUUGAGGGAUUCUAAUGGUGGUGACUCAUCAGGACCCUCUGAAAACUUGGUCCAGUCAGAGCCAGAGAAGAAACGCGGUAUUAUAGAGAAAGUGAAGCAUUUGACUAGCUUGGGAAAGAAAAACAAUGCCAAGUUAGAUGAAUUGGAACAAACGAGUCCUUAUGACUCGGAUAGAUCCCCCGUGUUUGACUCGGAUGACUCGUACGAUUCCACCACAAGCAGUGGCAGCAGUAGCAACAGCGGUGGAAUUCACAACCCACGGUCAACACUCUCAAACGGGUCUGAGAGGUUUACAACCUCGGACACAGCAAAGACUCGUUUGUCCCACUUGCCACGGAAUAUAAGCCUCAAUGGUUGGAACUAUAAGACACCCACAAACGAACAACGAACUCAAACCUCGUAUCCUGGUCCAAUCACGAAAUCAGAUAAACUUUCUCCACAAUUAUGCCAUAAAGGCAGUGCAAGAAGCUGGGAAUACAAGGACUUUUCAAGUAGAGAUGGACAAACAAAGCUGAAAACCAAUGUGUUUUUUGCUUCCUUUGACCAAAUGAGUGAACGAGCCUCUGGUGAGAGUGCGUGCACGGUUUUAGUUGCACUCAUAGCACACUGGCUCCACACCAACCAUGGCAUGCCAACAAGAGCACAAUUCGAAAGACUCAUCACACAAGGUUCAUCUGAAUGGAGAAAGCUAUGCAACGGUGAUUACUACUCAAAGCUCUUCCCGGAUAAGCAUUUUGAUCUAGAGACAAUCAUAGAAGCCAAUCUGAGACCUCUUGUUGUUCUCCCUCAGAAAUCAUACACAGGUUUUUUCUCCCCUGAGAAGUUCCAAUGCUUGAAAGGAGCCAUGUCCUUUGAUGAAAUUUGGGACGAGAUAAAGAGCAAUGUGGGUGAUAAGGAGCCAAGAGUUUACAUAGUGAGUUGGAACGAUCAUUUCUUUGUGUUGAAGGUAGAAGCAGAUGCUUACUACAUCAUUGACUCAUUGGGGGAGAGACUUUAUGAGGGGUGUCAACAAGCAUUCAUACUCAAGUUUGAUGAUUUGAGUGUGAUGUAUGGGAAAACAGACAAAGCAAAAGAGGUUCCAAUUAAUCGUGCAAGAAGUGGGGAAAGCCGUGAGAAAAUUUGCCGCGGAAAAGAGUGUUGUAAAGAGUUCAUCAAACGGUUUCUAGCUGCUAUACCACUUUGGCAACUAGAGAAGGAGGAGAAGAAAUGGAGUGUUUCCAGUCCCUAUCUUCACCGGCAAUUGCAGAUUGAUUUCCAUUAUAGCUCUUCAUCAUCAUCAUCUGCUUCAGCUGAUUCUUUGUGGUCUUAACAAGUGAUCCUUUAGAAGUCCAACUACGGAGCCAAGUUAGGCAGGCACAUUCAUCAGGGCCUUGUGAAUUGUCACCCAAUGAACAUGUGCAGAAAGAAUCUUUGAAGUUUGAACAUGUGUAGGAUCAAUGCUUUAAAACUUGGGGGUAUCGAAUUAUGUGUCCUGUCGCAAUCUUAGGUAGAUAUGCUGGAACAGAGAAAAAUUGCCUCUCCGCAUCAAAUUGGUGCCAGGAAUGUUUUCUGCUGGUUGACCUUGAGCAAUUGUUACAACCAGAAAAUGCUAAUUCACAAGAAAUUCAGUUUUUUGCGGCUGUGCCCGUUAUUUGGUGACAACUUCUGACCAUGUGAUUGAUUUUUGUUACUGAAAUUGAUGAUCAAGAACAUUAUAUGAGCAUCAUUAGUUCAUACAAUAGGUAUUCUUUCGGGAUUGAUCCUUAUUUGGUAAAGUAGAUUUGGACGAAAAACGAAAGGAGUGUUUGUAUAGAUGCUAUGUACUUGUUCUUGUCCAAAAUAUUUCCUUUUUCUUCGAUCAAAUUUUAAAGGUAAAAAAAUUAACACCAUUUUAUCCCACUUAUACUUUCA